UAAGAGCCUUUUGAGAGAAGGAAAUGGCGAAGUGAAUUGAGAGAAGGAAAUGGCGACAGCAAACACCAUUUCGCGACUUGCCACUCACCAGUUCAACUCGAGGAUUUCCCGACACAUUGCGCCACAUUCAUCACCGGAGAGAAAGUUGAGAACUUUAACAGUGAGGUGCGCAGUGUUCCCUGAGGAACGGCGGGAAACUAGGCGACUCGUCUCCAUCUCCGUCGUCCUCCUCCACUUUCUCUCUAUCCCAAAAGAUGCGACAGCUAGCCCAUUUGAUAAGUACGUGAAAAGAAAAAAGCUUGAACCACUGGAGGCUUACGUCCCAGCCAUCAUCCUGACUGAGAUGCAGAUUGAAGAACUAGGUAAAACACUGGAAGCUGAGCAGCCUCAGUAUGCUGCUUGCAGGAGUCUUUUACGUGCUGGCCCAGCAGCAUCAUUGAGAAUGAACAUUCGAGCAGUUGCACAGUAUGCAAAUGAAGUUGGCAAUGAUAAAACUGCUUCCAAUGAUGUGGAUCAAUGUCUCAGAGCAUUGGAAGAACUUGAUUCACUAUUGCUACAUGCAUCAAGAAAUGAACCCGGAGCUUCAGUUAAAUCAAUGAAGUCAAACAUUGGCAUAGCUGUUAGUGCAUUAAACAGCCUACUUGAGACUGUUCCUACAGACAUACUGAAAAAGGGCAAGGCAAUAGCCGAUGCAUAUAAUACACCAGAAGAAGAUUUUGCACCUGAAAAUUUGGACCCAAACUUGAAGCAGUUGGAAUCAAUACUAUGAGUUUAUGAUCAUGCAAGCUAUAUAAUAUGCCUAUAGUUGGUAUGUACAGUUUGUGAUCAAUAUUCAAUAUUAUGAUGAGGCAAAAUAGAUAUACAUAACUAUACUUUUACAAUUACAAGAUUUUCUAGAUUACGUGUUUA